UGCUGCGCUAUCCUAGACUUGCCUUGAUCUACCAUCUAAUUAGGUUAAAAAAAAGUAAGCUAGUCCAGGCCAAGCCCCAAGCCCGGACCGAUAAGCACCGUCCUCUCUGGCGGGUUGAUUCCUCCUUAUAUCCAUCUGCUCUCCUCCUCUCCCGCUUCCUUCUACAGACGCGUCUGUCUUGUAUAUAUAUAUCUUCUUCUUUCGCGAAAAUCAUCAGAGAAUUUGUUCAAAAAAAUAAAGACGUGUUGGACUAUUUGUUUUUGAAAUCUGAAAAAAAAAAUCUGAUUAAACUGUUUCAGUUACUAUUACUGAAAUCGAAAAAUAGUUGAUAAAAUUUGAUUUGAUUUGAAGAGAGAAGGAUUUUAGAUUUAGUGAUAUGAAGCGAUCGAGGAAAUCAAACAGGGUUUCGUGGGCACCAGGUCUUUAUCUUUGUCAGGUGAGGCUGUUUCUAUCCGAGGAUUGUCCUUCAGAAGUUGGUGGACAAGUCCGAGAUCUUCUUCAGAAAAAUGCAUCGCGGCUUUUGCCGAUUUCAAGCAGUAAGGAUUCGAAUGACCUUCCCCCUGGAUUUGAAGGCACUCACUUUUUGAAUCCAUGUAUAAAGGAAUUAUCCUGCAUUCCUAGGGUUCAAUGGAAGUGCCCACCAAAUUUUGUUGUGAAUUACAACUGGCAUGUCACGGAUGGAGAAGAAAGCCAGGAGUCAGAGGCUCAAAAACUGAGGGAAAUGAGAGUUCUUGAAGCAGUUUAUCCACGCCCUUCUUCUGUUCCUCCCAGCCCUGCUGUUUCUUUAGACGUGGAAGAGGAAAAUUAUGAUGAUAGCCUCACUCCAAUUAUCCCUCUCAUUCCUGUUGAAGAAGAAGAAGCUGCAGAAAUGCCACCUGCUUUGACAGAACCACUAAAAAACCCGACAACUUCCCUGUCACCAGCAUUGCCUCCAGUUUUAUUGUCAUCUGGAAUCCUGAACUCUUCAAAGUGCAACACCCCUGCUCUAAAUCCACCUGCAAGUCAAAAACCAGAACUUGGAAGAUUACCUGAUCCAGGUACUCAUCCAAUCACAGCAGCUUCUGCUGCUGUUACUGCUAUCAUGAAAAGCAAGGAGCAGGGAGGCUUGAUUGACACUGAUUUACUUGUUAAAAUCUUUAGAGACCCCAAAAUGGUUGACAAACUUAUCAGUGGCAAUCAAACACCUCCUGUUACAUCUAGGCCAGUUUCCAGUUCCAGGUCCCCAUUGUAUGCAAAACCUGCCAUGGUUUCAGCACCAUCCCCUGCUAAUGGAAACUUGCAGCACCUACCUAGUGAGGAGUUGCCCUGGUCAAAGCCAACGGGCCAGAUUCCCAUACCCUGUCCAAAACCCGCAGUGCAUUUUCCAUCAAUGCCUUAUGAUGGAAGCUUGCACCAUCAACUUAGUCAGGUACAAACGACAGUAACUAGAACCUCUAUGCAUCAGGAUGCUGUUCCAGCAACUGGAUUAGGAGUUCCUGUGCCCAUUCAAGAACCUGGCAAAGUCUCAGCACCUAGGCCACCAGUUGGGCACUUGUUUUCCGCGUCUAAUUCAAUGCAAACUACACCAAGCCUUGUGCCUACAGAAUCAAAAACACCCCAAAUAUCUUAUUUCAAAGACAUCCAUCCCAACCCAAUGUUUGAUUUGGUGAAAUCCACUCUGGUUAAGAAGCCUAAACAGCCCAUCAGUGUUCCUCAAGCAGGAAAGAAAACUAACCUUGUGAAGGAUGUGAACUACAUUAAGAACCUCAUAAAGGAACAUGGAACGGCAAAGAAAGAAAUGAAGGAUCGAAAUCUAUUCCAUAAUGGAAGUCAUUAUUAUAAUCAUACUCAAAACCCAGAAUCGAUACAAAACUCGAAAAACAGAGAAUUGAAGCCCAAGUUUCAGAAGCCUUGUAUGUAUUUUAGAACUCCCAAGGGAUGCCGGAAUGGCUCUGAUUGCCAUUUCCAGCAUGAUAUGUCAUUCCAGUUUCAGACUGGUAGUGGUGAUUCGAAGCUCCAAGUCGCAAAGAGAAUGAAAUUUAGUGGGGAAAUCACUGCCGGGAGGACUUGACCUGGCCCUUUGCAUUAACUUGGACCAGAGCUAUGAACACGAGAACUUAAACCUGUAAAUCAAUUCUGAUCACGAUUUUGCUGUUGAUGUUGUACAGGGUGGGUGUAAGAGGUAUUGGUUUUGUCAAGAAAAGAAAAUGAGCUAAUGGCCUGGCAUCGCCAAAUGGAUUUUCCUUUAUUUAUCAAAUCAGAUGGGUUUUGCAA